AUGGCUUCCUCGCAGCCCUCCAAAGCCCCUACUCAGGCUUACGAUCCCGAAAUCACCGACAUCGCCUCCUACGUGCACAAUUACAAGAUUGACUCGGAACUUGCCCUCGAUACUUCUCGCUACAUCCUCCUGGACACUAUCGGUUGUGGUCUGGAAGCCCUGCGCUUUCCUCAGUGCUCUGCUAUCCUAGGCCCUAUAGUCCCAGGUUCCAGCAUUCCUAAUGGAACUCGAGUCCCCGGAACGCCUUUUGAACUGGACCCCGUGAACGGUGCCUUCAAUAUUGGCGCUAUGAUCAGGUGGCUGGAUUACAAUGACUGCUGGCUGGCUGCGGAAUGGGGUCAUCCUUCAGACAACCUUGGUGCUAUUCUAGCGGUCGCUGACUGGAUGGCCCGAACAAACAGAGCUGGUGGUAAGGUGGGCAACGGCAAGAUCCCAACCAUCAGGGAUGUUUUGGAAGGCAUGAUCAAGGCCCAUGAAAUUCAAGGAUGUUUGGCUCUAGAGAACUCUUUCAACCGAGUUGGUUUGGACCAUGUCGUCCUCGUGAAGGUGGCGUCGGCUGCAGUGGUCAGUAAGAUGCUGGGUCUUGACGAAGCGCAGACUGCGGCUGUUGUCUCUCAGGCAUUUGUCGACGGGCAGAGCUUGCGAACCUACCGACACUCACCCAACACCAUGUCCCGCAAGUCGUGGGCUGCUGGAGAUGCCUGUCAAAGAGCGGUAAACCUCGCAUUCAAGGUCCUGCAAGGCCAAGCCGGCAUUCCCACAGUGCUUUCGGCCCCUGUCUGGGGUUUCUACGAUGUCCUCUUUAAGGGCAAGAAGUUUGAGUUCCAGCGUCCUUACGGCUCUUACGUCAUGGAGAAUGUUUUGUUCAAGGUGUCGUAUCCGGCCGAGUUCCACUCGCAGACUGCUGUUGAAGCUGCACAAAAGAUCUACAAGAUCCUUGCGGAUAUGGGCAAGUCGGCGAAGGACAUCAAAGAGAUCACCAACCGAACCCACGAAGCGUGCAUCCGAAUCAUUGACAAGCAAUUUAAGCCCAUGGACAAUUUUGCCGAUCGCGACCACUGCGUUCAAUAUAUGGUUGCAACUAUGUUGUGCUUCAACCGUCUGGAGGCCACCGACUACGUUGACGGUAGCGAGGCCGCGACGUCUCCUCUGGUAGAGGACCUCCGGAAGAGGAUUAAAUGUGUCGAGGAUCCUCAGUUCACCAAGGACUACCACGACCCUGCCUUGAGGACGAUUUCGAAUGCUUUGACCGUGACACUCAACGACGGAACUGUGUUGGAUGAAGUUGUGGUGGAGGCACCGCUUGGUCACCGUCUGCGAAGAGAUGAGGCCAAGCCCGAGAUUUUGGCCAAAUACAAGAGACAUUUGAGCCACCACUUCCCGGAAGCCAAGAUCAAGGAGCUUUUGGAACUGGGCACCGAUGCCUCGAAGCUAGACUCGAUGGACGUUGACACAUACGUGGAUCUUUAUGUCAAGGAGAAGAUGGAGUGGUAG